AUGAAAAGCGGCGGCUCGAGCGCGGCGUUAUCCAAAUUAAAAAGCUCCACAUCAGGGUUAGGGGCGGACCCGGGAGGGGGAACAGGGCCGCCGCCAGCGCGGCGGCUGAAGCUGAAAGAGUUUCUGACGAUCACGAACAGCUUCGACGAGAACGGCGUUCUAGGGGAGGGCAGCUUCGGCAAGGUGUACCGCGGCGUGUGGGAGGAGACGCCGGCGGGGCGAGGCGGGGGGGGCGAGGUGGUGCGCACGCAGGUGGCGGUGAAGAAGCUCAACCCGGAGAGCUUCCAGGGCUACGAGGAGUGGCUGGCGGAGGUGCUGCUACUGGACAAGCUGCGGCACCCGAACCUGGUGCGGCUGGUGGGGUACUGCGCGGAGAAGGGCGAGGCGCUGCUGAUGUACGAGCUCUGCCCCAACGGCUCGCUCGACGACGUCCUCUUCGAACCGGAGGAGUACGUGUUGUCGUGGGAGCAGCGCGUGCGCAUAGCGCUGGACGCGGCGAAGGGGUUGGCGUAUCUGCACGAGAGCAACAUCAUCCAUCGCGACUUCAAGGCCUCCAACAUCCUGCUCGCCGAGGUCCGUGCAGCAUCCUCCCCUCCUCGCCGUGCAGGAGGGCGCAGGUCCGUGCACCAUCCUCCCCUCCUCGCCCAGGGCAGGCGGUUGACGAAGAAGAGCGACGUGUACGCGUUUGGAGUGCUGCUGCUGGAGCUGCUGACGGGGCGGCGCACAACCGGCGAGAGCGGCAACGACAGCCUGACGACGUGGAUCCGGCCGUUCCUGUCGCAGCGGCGGCCGGACCUGAACCUGCUGGUGGACCCGCAGCUGAAGGGCGAGUUCAGCAAGGCGGGUGCGGUGAAGAUGGCCAUCCUGGGCAAGCACUGCAUCCACGACGACCCCGGCCUGCGCCCUGACAUGACCACCCUCGCAGAGAACCUCGAGCUCGUUGACAUCAAGGACCCUGCGCCGCCGCCCCAGGCUGGAUGA